AUGGUGGACACGAAUGUCAACCAAGCUAACCAGCGCCGCAGGAGGUGCUGGAUUCUGGUGGGCGCUGGCAUUGUCGGUCUAGCUGCUCUAAUUCUCACAAUCAUUUUGGUUGCGGUCCUCUGCAGUAGCGAGGACCCUAAGGCCGAGCGAUACAAGUUGACCACCUUCGACGCCAUGGGAAACAAGAAGGUCAUGGAUAUGACACCUGACCAAUUUUUCGAAGCUAUGAAAGCAAACACAGCCUUUAUGCUUGGGGAAGGCCGCACGCAAAGCGAAGCUCUGUACAGCUGCAUCCUCGACAUGACAAAGGAUCUGGACAAAUGGAAAGUGGCCGCUGAUGAGGCUGCAGCUACGGCAGAGGCUGAGAAAGCAGCCACGGAUAGCACGACAGGCGCUGAAAAAACACCUAGUAAGACGGCAAAACUAACCGCUGGCGACGUCGCUGAACCGGUCAAAACCGUAUUCACAGCAAAAGUUCCAGAGACGAAACCUGCAAAGGCACCCACUCCGGAACCUUCAACUACCCCUGAAGACACAUCUGGCUUAAGGGGUACUGCCAGCGGGGUGCCGGUUAGUUUACCACCCCAGCGAGACAUGCAAAUUGCAGAGCGGUUAGAGGAGAAAGCUGAUGAGACAGUACCCCCGGCCAAGACUGGUGUCGCCGGCUCCGUAUGGAACUACAUUUCUGCGGUGCCGAAAGCUAUAGGCAACAUGGUGCCACCGCAACUGUUUAUAGACACCUACGAGGGCGACUUAGGCAUAGAUGACAUUUCGUAA